AUGCUCGCCCUGAACAAACGCUGGUCGACUGUCCUCGUCGCCGCCUCCUUCCUCUUCUUCCUCGUCCUCCUCCACAGCAAGACGCCCAAUUCAACCGUGAUCCGCGUCGCUGGCACCUACGGUCAGAAUCUCUGUCCCGCGACUCCGCCAAAUCCGCCCUACAACCGCACGAACCCCGAGGGCUUCAGCUGGCGCGACAUCCCCGUGCGAUACCCCGUGCAGAACCCGAUCCCCCUCUCCAACGAGCCCCCGAUCGCCCUCCCACAGAUCCAAUUCUCCUUUCCUCCUCCGACCCCCGAAGCCGAAGAAAUCCGCAAAGCCCGCCAACAACGGAUAAAAGAGACAUUUCUGAAGGGAUGGCACUCGUACGAGACCCGCGCAUGGAAGACGGACGAACUGCAGCCCAUCUCGGGGCUAUGGCGAAACACUUUUGGCGGAUGGGGCGCGACGCUCGUCGAUAACCUCGACACGCUGUUGAUCAUGGGUCUCCACGAGGAAUUCGAGCGCGCUGUCGCUGGGGUGCUGGACGUCGACUUUAACCCACACUCCUCGUCGCAGAGCAACAUCAACCUCUUCGAGACGACAAUCCGCUACCUCGGCGGCUUCAUCGCAGCAUACGAUCUCUCCGGCUGCAGCGACACGCGCCUCCUCGACAAGGCCGUGCAGAUCGGCGACAUGAUCUACGCCUCCUUCGACACCGACACCCGCAUGCCGGUAACCCGCUGGAACCCGCACAAAGCAGCCGGCGGCGAAGAGCAAUUCCCCGCGGCGCAGGGAAUCAUCGCUGAAAUCGCCUCGUCGAGCCUCGAACUCACGCGCCUGUCACAACUCACCGGUGACAUGCGCUACUUUGACGCGAUCUCCCGAAUCACCGACGUCCUCGACGAGCAGCAGUUCUCCACGCGGAUCCCAGGCCUCUGGCCCGUCGCCGUCAACGUCCAGAAACCCGACCUCACGCAGUCGUCCACCUUCACCUUUGGCGGCAUGGCCGACUCCGCAUACGAGUACCUCGGCAAAACAUACCAGCUUCUCGGCGGCGUGGGCCGCGCACCGCAAUACAAGAAGCUCUACGAUGGGGCCAUGGCCGCCGGCGCCGAAAACCUCCUCUUCCGCCCGAUGGUCCCAGACCACGCCGACAUCCUCGUCGCGGGCGUCGCGCACGCGACCACAUCCACAAUCGGAAUGGAGACGCGCAGCGAGCACCUCGCCUGCUUCGCGGGCGGCAUGUACGCCCUCGGCGGCAAGCUGUUUGCCAACGACUCGCACCUCGCCAUCGGCCGCAAACUCACCGACGGAUGUAUCUGGCUGUAUAAAAAUUCCCCGCUGGGCAUCAUGCCGGAGAUGUUCUCGCUCUCGGCGUGUCCGUCCCGCGGCGAGUGUCCGUGGGACGAGCGCCAGGAGGUCGUCUUCACGACCGUCCGGGACAAGCGGUACAUUCUCCGGCCCGAGGCCAUCGAGUCCGUCUUCUACAUGUGGCGGAUCACCGGCGAGGAGCGGUACCGCGACGCGGCGUGGGAGAUGUUCGAGGCGAUUGAUCGGGCGACGUCGACGGAGUGGGCGAAUGCGGCGCUGCGCGAUGUCAUGGAGCCGAAUGUCAAUGGCGGGGGGCCCGAGAAGGAGGAUAGUAUGGAGAGUUUUUGGUUGGCGGAGACGCUGAAGUAUUUGUAUUUGAUUUUCAGCGAGACGGAUUUGGUGAGUCUGGAUCAUUUUGUUUUUAAUACCGAGGCGCAUCCGUUUCGGUUGCCGGGGAGGGAGUGA